CGCAGAGACUAGUCAGCCUUCUGCGGCCACACAAAAGACACUAAGGGGGACAAUGAGGGCAAAGAAAUAUGGUUGUUCACAGCUGCUGUACUGUAAACAAAGCGUGGAGUAGAAGUUACGGUUUUGUCUUUUUUGUUUUGAUGACUUUUGAACGGCGCUAGUAUUUUUUGCAAAACCCAGCAAUUAAUUAAAAAAAAAGAUGGAUGGACCCUAUAAUUGGACAAGCAAGCGAUUAGCGACAACGACAAAGACUUUACGCAGAGAGUGGCUCGUAGUAUGUACACCAUGAAAUGGUUUAGGUGAGCCGUUACUCCACCAGAGUAGGCUUCAGAAUGGAGAAGGAGGCCAGCCAACUGGAGAGAGACCAUGUCCACAAUGUGUAUGAAAAAAUUGCCCCAUAUUUCAAUGACAUUCGCUACAAAGCUUGGCCCAAAGUGCGUCAGUUUCUUCUUGACCAAGAACCAGGCAGUUUAAUUGCUGACAUUGGUUGUGGCAAUGGAAAGUACCUUCAUAUUAACAAGAAAAGCUUUACUAUAGGCAGUGACUGCUGUCUGCCACUGGUGGAUCUUGCCAGGAACCAUGGGCAUGAGGUGCAGAUAUGCAGUACCCUGAAAUUACCAUACCGUAAUGGUUGCUUUGAUGCCAUCUUGUCAAUUGCAGUCAUUCAUCAUUUCUCAACAAAGGAACGGCGGAUCCGGGCACUGAAGGAAAUGGCAAGAACCCUUAGAGUUGGGGGUCGUAUAAUGAUUUAUGUGUGGGCAAUGGAACAAAAGAGAAGAAAAUUUGAAAAACAGGAUAUCUUUGUACCCUGGAAUCCAGAACCUCCGUCUCAGAAGGCAAGUCAAUAUAAACUGAGGAAAAGACCACAAAAUACUUUUGCCGCAGAUUGUUCCAGCAGCAGUGACAUCAGUCAGGCUUACAGGAAGACAAAAAGCACUUCUUCAGUGGGGAACGACGAAGUACAUACACUUUACAGUUCCUUUGAAAAAUCUCUCAAAAUAUGGCUUUUUUCAAGGUCACUGGAUUCCAUUUUAGAAUUAGGGGGCAGUAGUAGCUCAGCCACCACUAAACGACUAAACCCCUUCAAAAAUGCAGGCCACCUAUUAAAUGAUACAAGCAGAUUUGAACUUUUUAAAAGCAACAAAGCUAGCCAGCUAAUGGAGCAAGUAUCUAAUCUCUUUGUUUUAAGACAAGACUCAGAUGAAGAUGUUUUUAGCAUAGAAGAAUUUCAGAAUCAUAGACCGUCAGAAAGCAUACGUUCUCACCUGCCAAAAAAUGAUUUGGGAACAAAGGAAAAAAAUAAGUUGCUAUGUGGGGAAACAUGUGCUAAAAUAGCUUUGCCUGACCUUGUGCCACAUCCAGAUCCUUUGAUUAGGGAAGCAAAUACCUGGAAUAAUCCUGACUGUAACAUGUCAAUUUGUCCUGAUUCAAAAACUGGCUUACUUAGAGAUUUUGAAAAGUUGCUAAAAAUGGAAAGCCCUUCCCAUGAAGAAAGAGUCCAAGAUAAAAACACAAAAGAAACUAAAUCUGAAGCAUCUCUAUUUCGUUAUUAUCAUGUCUUUAAGGAAGGAGAGCUGCAGGAUCUCAUUGAAACAUAUGUAGACGAGCUUCACGUCAUUCAAACGUAUUUUGAUCAUGCAAAUUGGUGUGUUGUUGCAGAAAAGAUUCAAGUUUGGAAAAUUUAAGCCAAUACUGUAACCAAUACAGGGGUUUUAUUUAAACAUAAUUUAAUCUAAUAUUAUUUUAGAAACAAAGUAAUAAUGUCUGUGUGUAAACUGCAGCUUAUUUGUUAGUAUUGUGAACAGGCGGGGGCAAUCUGAAGCAGACCUUGUAACAAGAAAAGUAAUAGGAAGUCAUUUAUUAACAAAGUCAAGCAGACAAGCAGUGAGCACAAUGCAAAAUAAUAAGUAUAUGCCCCCCGAGCCAUCCUGUACUUUUUAGGGUAUACAAGAUACAUUUUUCCAUCCUAAGCCCCCUACCCAAAAUGAGGAGGUUGAGGUCUAUAUAAUUUUAGAUCUGGGUGCUGCCCCCGUCCUAACUGUUAGGACCUCCGUGUCAUUCCUAAUCCUGCAGACACUCUUGCUAUAACUACAUAAUCCAGGAGCUUUUGACUGAGCUUGUACUAUAGCAACAGCCUGGGGAGUUCAUGACGACUUAUUGUCCAUUCCAACCAAGGAUCAAUUACCGUAUACUGCAUGGGAUGUGUGUCACCUUGCAGCUCUCACAGCCGCCCAGUUUGCCUCCGUGCUAUCUAUUAGAUUAUGUUUGCUAGAAUGUGUGCUGUACAGUGGACACCAGUCAUUAUAUUGGGUGUGUUAUGGCAGCACCAGCUCCUUUACAGUCCAGAAAGCGCUUGAUCAGUAAAAGCAAAUGCAAAAUACUUUCAGUGGUCAUUAUAGUACUAGGGUGUUGUACCGUGUUAGCCAUUAUGAAUGUAGAGAAAAGCCAAGCAAAAUGACACCUUUUAUUGGCUAACUAAAAAGAUUACAAUAUGCAAGCUUUUGAAGCAACUCAGGCCCCUUGACGCAGCACAUUUUGGACAUGUGAGAGUGGCAGGCAGUAAGACAAGUAACAAUGUGUAGCCUGCACAUUGGACUUAAGGGAGACAAAAGGAAAUCACAGCCAUGUAUAGGCAGUAUAUAAAGAGUCAUAGAACAGGCAUUGCAGAAAAGCAAUAUACCAUACUGUAGUAUAAAACUGUGCGGAGAGAUGCAUUGACUGAUCUGUAUUCAAAGUAAUUUCAAAUGUGAAUCAAGUACCUCCACAUUAGACUGUUGUGAGCUAGCUAAUACCUAAGAAAUGUCCUGCAUUUAGCAGAGCGAAACAGCAUUUAUUGUAAAACGACACAACCAUCUUCGUUAUCUCGUCUAUCAGUCCACAUUAUGUUUUAAAUGAAAAGGGGACCGUUCAUGCAGCAGCAUAAUGGAUGAUAGGGCCAAGCCCCAUUUUACAUAAGUAACAUGAAGUUACCAUCAAACCGACGUGUCUUUAGAUAAACCAAAGAUACACCAAGCUCAAAAUACUGACACGUAUGUCUGUAAAAUGAAAGACUUAAAGGCUUUGUUUCAGUUAUCCGUGUGGAAGUUGGGACAUAUAGGGAAAACAGACAGGCAAGUCAGACAAUCUGGUCCACUUUUCAUUUAAUCGGACAGACAGGCAGAUACUUCAUUAAUCCCAAAUGAAUUUGCAAAACGUGCAGCACCAUUCAUACAACACAAAAACAGGUUGUCAGGAUAACAUGCAAGUGACACCUCUUUAUUCUUCACACAGACUUAGACCAACAUCACAUCAACAGGAGGAGGGACACAUUAUAAAGUAUAAUGGUUGCUUGUAAGGUGACCUCUUAUAGCACUCCCUCUAUAGUCAGUCUUUUGUUGACAUUAAAUAUUAACAAACCUGAUUCUGAUGUCCACCAUGUUUGGGGAGGUCUGAGGUCUGAGGUUUGAUGUGACACUACGGCUGCAGUACAUUCAAUAGGUUAAAGGCCCAGGUGCAAGUACACCUUUUUAAUUGUAAAGUUAAUGGAGGAUUGCACCACACUGAAAAUAACUCCAUGUGUUCUAAAGCAAAAACAAACCUUGAGAACUGAUAACUUGCAAUAUGCUGUGAUGUAGUGCCAUGGCUUGUUUAUCUCCAUUUUAAAUAUUUUGUCCCAGAAAGAAUAUUGCACUUUUUAAUGUUCUAUGUUGUAACGCAGGAUUAAUGCCUCUGAUGAAAACCACAUCGAAAAAUGUACAAAUGAUAAUAAUGACCCUAAAAUCACUGUGUAAAGUCAUGUGAAAUGUAUUUUUAAUUUCAACAUUAACAAUUGUCAACAAAUAUAUAAAUAUUUAUCUAAUUGCUAUUGCACAGUAAGUUACAUUCAGAUAAACAAUAAAGAUGAUGCCAGUAAUCAUUUUUCUCAAUUGUUUAGGUGAUACAAAUCAGUGUUGUAUUCAGCACUGUUUAGUCAGUCAUCUUCUAACCCAUGUUGCCCAGAACAGGAUCACAGGGUGUGCUGGAGCCUAUCCCAGCUAUCCCAUCACACACACACACACACACACACACCACUCACCCCAGCCACACACUA